AUGUUCCAAAGGGAAUUUGCCAUGAGGCUUGUUGCUCAGCCUGGUGAUAACCUUUACUGUCGCCUGUCUGUGAACACUCAACUGUUGGCUCGGGUAAACCACUUGCUAAAAGUGGGAAGGAACAACUUCAGGCCUCCGCCAAAGGUUGACUCUUCUGUGGUCAGGAUUGAACCAAGGAAACCACUUCCUGCGGUGAAUUUUAAGGAAUGGGAUGGUUUAGUUCGGAUUUGCUUUAACCGCAAAAACAAAACUCUUGGUUCAAUAUUUAGGCAAAAGAGUGUCCUUUCGGUGCUAGAGAAGAACUAUAAAACCUUGCAAGCAUUACAGCUUUCUCAAGAAGGGUUGUCAGAUUCUUCAGAAAUGGCCAUGUGUGUCACUGCUUUGGGAGACACUCUUGGUGACUUUAGCAUGGACACUGACGAAGGGAGAGAUGACGAGGAUAUGGAGAUGGAUGAUGGGGAUACAAAAGCUUCUGAUUUUAAAGAAAGAGUUUUAGGUGUGUUAAAGCAAGGAGGUUUUGAAGAAUGA